AUGAGAAACAGAGAUGAAAGGCAAUAUGUGGAGAGUAAAAGAGAAGCAAAGGGAUUCCUCCUACAGAAUAGUCAAUUCAAUCUGGAAAAAAGGACAAGUCUUCUUUUGAAGGCUGAAGAAGAACUUCAAAAAGAAAAAGAUGGAGAUGAUACUAACAAACUUGAUGUACAGUGGGAAGAAAACGAGAAACCCUACAUCACCAGGGUCAGCAUGAUAUUCUACCCUGGGACUGAAAACCGAAGUGAAGAAAACUCUGCUGCUUCUUCACAGUCUAAGAAGGAAACCAGUUCUGUGCCGCAGGAUUCCAAACUGCUGGAAAACUAUCGUUCACUGGUCCUUUUGCUGCAUCAGAAGGAUCUUGAAAUUCAAGGGCUGAAGAGUGCUGCCCAAAAGACUCCAGAUGACCGACUGAGUUACAUUUUACAGGAAAUUGUGAAGUCAAAACAUAAAGGACUGUGGAAGAAGAGCCCUAGUGAAGAAGCCCUUCAAAAAGAAGUAGAUCGAUUGAAUGCCGACCUGAAUGCUGUUAAGGAGGAUUAUGCACAGGAGAUGGAAGAUCUGAAAAAUAAACUCACAGACUUGAAAUUGCACAUCAAGAAAUUGCAUCAGAAAAUAAAGACUCUGGGAGUAAAAUUAGAUGAUGAAAUUGAUUCUGAGUUCGACAUUUCUCUGGCUGAAGAGAAAAUAUUAGCACGUGAGAGCUUUGAGCUAUGGUCAGAGGUAGGAAAGAAGGCCUCAUCAGACACAAAUCAAGUAACACUUAGGAGAAUUCCAAAACACACCAGCUUUAUGGAUGCCUUUCCUACGAUUCAAAAUGAUUUCAUUAGCACUGAAGAAAAAGAAGAAUUUAUCAGCAGAUUAGCUUCUGUUUCUGAUGCCUUAAACUUACCCAUUGGUGGCACUUCAGAAGGGGGGUCACCGGAGAGCUCAGGAGCAGAGAGCAAACUACCAUCUGAACUGUCCUCGGAUGCUAUUCUCACUUCUUUGAAAUCAGAUUUUGCCUUAUUUGAGAGCAAGGUGGCAGAAUCUUCUUCAAGCCUGCCUUCCUUGGACGACAAAGUCCCAGAAAAGAAAGAUUUGGUUUCCACCCUGUGUCCUUCUAAUCUCGCUCAGCUUGGUCUUUCUCUCGGACGGCUGUCAGAGGAGGAACUAUGUCCCCACUUGAUGCACGACUCCCUUCUACAGGAAUACAAGAGAUGCUGUGCUGAAACCAGCACUCUAAGGAUCGUCAGUGUGCACCAUAAAGGCAAAUUUAUCAGAAUCUUCAACUGUUUAUUGACUAAAGAGGUUGACCUAAGUGGCUAUAUCAUCCAGCAGUGGGUGGGAGGAUAUCCAGUCUCUAUAUAUCAUUUCCCAAAGAAUGUCGUCCUGCCUGCCCAGCACCACAUCACUGUUUGGGCUGCAGGGGUCAACUUGGCUCAUGAACCAUCUUCAUUUUCCACCGCAAAGUUUUUCAAGGCAGGGCCCAACUGCCUUACCACUCUUUGUGAUCGUAAUGGCCAGAUGGUGUCACAAUACGUAAAUCCUCACCAGUUCACAGCAGCAGCAGCCGCUUACAGUGAUAACGUGGACCUUUCCAUUGACAAGUUUCCCCUUUGUGACGGCAAAGAAGAAACUAAUGAAUCCUUGUACUCCAAGUUUUCAUUCUGCCCAAGGAACUCAAAGCAACUUUCCGUAGAUUCUUCAACAAGUUUCAAAAUGUGGUGUGAUCGGUCCAUCGGAAACAAGAGGAAAACAAAAGGGGAAUUUAAAGAAAGCUCUUCUGACACUGACGAAGAUUUUUCAGUCAUGGUUUUCAGUCAUGGAAACCAGCACCCCAGGAACCAAUAAUGAGAACAUUCAAGACAACGCUUGACAACAAUUCCCGCGGUAUCUCUGAUAGGAUAGAAUAGUGCUCACUCAAAAUAUGGUUUCAACUAUAUGAUAUAUCUUCCUGCUACAACUGAUCUGCAUCUAAGGAAAUGCUGC